AAUGAAUUAAUUAAUGAAUUAGGUUAACGAAGCAAGUUCAGGUAGAAAUGAUCAACCCCAUGCAAUUAGUGUUAAUGUUGUUGUAAAUUUACAAUAAGCUAAUUUAAAUUUACAAUUAUCCAUAGAUCCUGAAAUUCCAUUUAAUAUUUUUGUAAAUGGAAUCAAAGAAUAAAUAUUUGCACAAAGAAUGUAGGCUCAAUAUGAAGAAACUAUCGAGUAUUAAUUGGGAAAUGGAUCCAAUUUAUAAUAAAAUGAAAGCAGAACAUUAUAAUCUUUAGGGUUCAAUAAUAAUUGUACACUUUAUGUUAGGCUUAAGCUCAAAGGAGGAUAAUGAA